AUGUUUCAGAUGGGGGAGAUCCUAGGAGAAGGCAGCUUUGGGCGUGUCUAUAGAGGCCGACGACACGGCCAAGCCGUGGCUGUGAAAAGGACAAUGUUGACUCACCACGCUAUCCAUGAAGUAGACAUGCUCAGACUACUGGAACACCCGAACAUACUAUCUCUGCACGAGGCCAUCGUUGAGACGGAUUACCUUUUCAUGGUUAUGCCUCUCUGCGAUGAGGAUCUCAACGCAUUCCUGCGUCGAGAGGGACCGAGAAGCCAGCCGUCUCGGUUGUUCCGGGUGAUGAGGCAACUGGCAGCAGCCUUGACGGAGUGUCACCGUCAGCGGAUAGUUCAUCGAGACAUCAAGCCGGCCAACAUCUUACGCCGCCGGUGCCGAUUCCUGCUGGCAGAUUUUGGGUUGGCCGCCCAACCCCUGCUCACCGAGCCAGCAGGAGCCAUUGUAUACUGGGCACCGGAACAACGAAGACUGGAACCGUAUGACACAUCCGUCGACCUGUGGGCGUUGGGGUUGGUGGCCGUAGAGGUGGCAAGUCGAGCCCACUGCACCGGUACACCGAUUUUCUUCUGCAGCAGUUGCGGCCUGCUAGGUAUACUGACUAGAAAUUGUCCUUGUCAUUCUCAUCACCGUCAAAGAGAGGCUGCCGUCCAGUGUGAUAUCCCCAGCGCAUCCACCCAAUCUGAACCACCCCGAAAGAAGUUGAACAAGUUCCGCAUGCCAACCAGUAGGGAAUUAGCCCUCCGUGCCUGUCCAAGAUGUCGAGAACUCCGUGUAGCCAAGGCCAAUAGCAGGGGAAAAUCUCGUGAAUCUGAAGCCCGUUAUUAA